AUGAGCAGUUGUAAACCUGCACAGACUCCAGUGGAUACUCAAUCCAAACUCAAUGUAGACUCUGGACAUAAGUUUCAUGAUCCAGCACUUUAUCGUAGUCUUGCAAGUGCAUUACAUUAUCUCACUUUUACUCGCCCUGAUAUAGCUUAUGCAGUUCAACAGGUUUGUUUAUUCAUGCAUGAUCCCAGAGAGGCUCAUUAUGAUGCAUUGAAACGAAUUCUGCAAUAUAUUCAUAGUACCAUUGACCAUGGGUUGCAUUUAUAUCCUUCACCUCCUACAAACUUGAUUACUUAUACUGAUGCAGAUUGGGGCGGGUGUCCUGACACUCGACGCUCUACUUCCAGAUACUGUUGUUUUUUGGGUGACAAUCUUAUUUCUUGGUCGUCAAAAUGUCAGCAUACUCUUUCCAAAUCAAGUGCCGAGGAAGAAUACAGAGGCGUCGCAAAUGUUGUUUCCGAGGCCUGUUGGCUUCGUAAUCUGCUUUUAGAGCUACAUUGCCCUCUCCGGUAG